CCUCGUUCGGGCGAAUAUUUACUUCCUCGAUCUAGUCAAACUCGGGGUCUGGAGAAAAUGCCAAAAUGAAAGAAACCACGAAAGUUCUCGUGUAUAAUCCAGACUCAACAGAUUUAUUAUGAUCCUGUCUCCUUCUAGCCUGCCAUAGUUUCCAAGAUGGCGAGCAAGUAUUUCUCAAGCCAUGAAACCACCAAUUUCGCCAGAUUGUCCAGACUAGUUGUAGAUGUCUGCAGUGAUGUGCUCAGAGAUGUGCUGACGGUAAACAUACUACCGCACGGACUCACUGCCAUUCUACAAAGUCAAAGGAAUCCCCUCAGCGAAAAGCUUAAGCCUCACCAACUACAGAUUUUGUACCCACCAGGUGGAGUGUUUACCGGUACCUUGGAGGAUUUAGAUCUCGGCCUUCUGUAUUCACUAAUUCUUAACCUCCAGGGUAUCAACGUUCCACCUCAUACAAAAGGUUGGGGCAGGACACCAGACAAUACAGACCAAUCACUGGCAGCUAAUAUUGAGCGGUUGAGAAUCCAACGGAAUGAGGCUUAUGGACACCUGCCAAGCGCAUCACUGUCUGAUACAGACUUCCGUCGUAUAUUGGGCAUCAUCCGCCUGUGUAUCUCCGAGAUAGAACAAGGCUCUCUGCUAACUGUGACCAUGGACCCUGAUACAGAGAAAGAGUACAUAGAGAAACUGAGCAAACUACAACAUGAUUUUGAGGCCAUCAUGGAGGAUGUUAGAGUUGUAGAUGUCUGCAGUGAUGUGCUCAGAGAUGUGCUGAGGGUAAACAUACUACCACACGGACUCACUGCCAUUCUACAAAGUCAAAGGAUUCCCCUCAGCAAAAAGCUUAAGCCUCACCAACUACAGAUUUUGUACCCACCAGGUGGAGUGUUUACCGGUACCUUGGAGGAUUUAGAUCUCGGCCUUCUGUAUUCACUAAUUCUUAACCUCCAGGGUAUCAACGUUCCACCUCAUACAAAAGGUUGGGGCAGGACACCAGACAAUACAGACCAGUCACUGGCAGCUAAUAUUGAGCGGUUGAGAAUCCAACGGAAUGAGGCUGAUGGACACCUGCCAAGCGCAUCACUGUCUGAUACAGACUUCCGUCGUAUAUUGGGCAUCAUCCGCCUGUGUAUCUCCGAGAUAGAACAAGGCUCUCUGCUAACUGUGACCAUGGACCCUGAUACAGAGAAAGAGUACAUAGAGAAACUGAGCAAACUACAACAUGAUUUUGAGGCCAUCAUGGAGGAUGUUAGAGUUGUAGAUGUCUGCAGUGAUGUGCUCAGAGAUGUGCUGAGGGUAAACAUACUACCGCACGGACUCACUGCCAUUCUACAAAGUCAAAGUUUUCACCUCAGCAAAAAGCUUAAGCCUCACCAACGACAGAUUUUGUACCCACCAGGUGGAGUGUUUACCGGUACCUUGGAGGAUUUAGAUCUCGGCCUUCUGUAUUCACUAAUUCGUAACCUCCAGGGUAUCAACAUUCCACCUCAUACAAAGGGUUGGGGCAAGACACCAGACAAUACAGACCGGUCACUGGCAGCUAAUAUUGAGCGGUUGAGAAUCCAACGGAAUGAGGCUUAUGGACACCUGCCAAGCGCAUCACUGUCUGAUACAGACUUCCAUCGUAUAUUGGGCAUCAUCCGCCAGUGUAUCUCCGAGAUAGAACAAGGCUCUCUGACAGGAGACACCUACGUGACGGCAGUUGACAACCUGCUAACUGUGACCAUGGACCCUGAUACAGAGAAAGAGUACAUAGAGAAACUGAGGAAACAACAAGACAAUUUUGAGGCCAUUCUUGAGGAAGUGAAAGAAGUGAAAGCUAAUCAGGAAACCAUGGCAAUGGGCAUCAGCAAUGUCACAACCAGACAGGAAACCAUAGCAAGCACUUUAGAAAUCAUACAAGAUAAGACUAGACAAGAACUCCAUCCUGAUCUACAACCCAUGAUAAAAAGAACAAAAGAAAAGAUCAAACGAGAAAUAGAGCAGAAAAAGGGAAAAUUCCUUGAGACCAAAGCUUUCCUCGAUGCUCAAAACAAGCUCCAAAAGAACAGAGUUCUAGUUAUCAAGGGAAACACAGGAGAUGGCAAAACAUCUACCGCCAUUCGACUCCUACACUGGCUGGUCGAGGAGCAGCAAUGCAGACAACCCCUUCAGCUUCAUGAAAUUACGAAAUUAGAUUUAUUGGCUCCAAACUCUAAGCUGAUUACUUUCAUUGAUGAUAUUGAUGUUGGUAGAAAUGAUGCAGAAGAUUGGAAUAGAAGAAUUACAGAUGUAGAAACACUUUUUCAUGGUGAACAAAUUCAGGCCAAUUUUUUGCUCAUUACAGUUCGUAAUGAAAUAUUCAAUACUUUGAAAAAAUCUUCUAUAGAAACAGUUUUCACUGAAGAUAACAUCAUUGAUCUGAGCUCAGGUGAGUACAGAAUUGCAGAAGAAAAAAAGGCACUUUUAGAGAUGUAUAAACCAGAAAAUUUCUCAUGGACUGAGGGAGAAAUAGAAAACAUUCUAUCUUAUGCCCCAAAUAUUGGAUUCCCACAAUGUUGUCAGCUUUUCUGCAAGUCUGAUCAUGAGUUGCAGAAAACACGAAGUGAUUUUUUUAUGGAGCCUGUCAAAUUUUUGAAAGAAGCAUUUUCAAGGUUACCAGAAUGUUCUGCCAUUUUGUUUCUGUUCCUCAAUGACGGGGAGAUAAAGGUAAAAGAUCUAGACCCAAAUGGUGAUAAAGUAAACAAAACAUUGUUAGAGGAAGCUUUUGAUAUUAAUUUGGUUGAUGGUGAAGUUGACAGAACUACAAUGACAUUUAAGAAAAGGGUAGGAUUUGUGAAAGAAAGUUUUGAAAGAUUACUAGGAUUUUUAGUAAGGAAGUCUGGUGAUGAAAUGUACAGAUUUGAUCAUUACUCUAUAUAUUUCACAGUAGCCCUUUUGUAUGGAGACAAAACCCAAGCUGGUUACAUACAGAAUUGUCCCAGGAGGUUCCUCAGUUAUAUAACAACUUCAAAAACAUCUGAAAACAUGGUUGUCAUAUCAUCUGAUGAUUAUACAGACAUGUGUAAUCGUCUGCUCCAAGAGUUUAGGUGUGAGGUGCCAGAGGUGAGACCUUUUGAUGACUCUAAAGAUCUAUCCACCUGGUUACCCAAUUUAAUUAGGAGAAAUCUUUUUGAUAAAGUAAGUAUUAGCAUUGGCUCUCUAGAUGUAUGGAAAAAUCCUGUCUUUCUUGAGGGAUUUUUCGAGUUGUUAAAUGAGAGAGAAGUUAAUAAACUUGAGGUGCUCAAUAAAGCAUGUUACUUCUGUGCUGAAGAAUGUGCUUUAUAUCUUCUGCAUAAGGGAGUCCAACCUGACAAGGACACGCCAUUGUGGUCAUUGAUUGAAAGAGGUGGUCAUGGUAAGGGAGAUGUGGAUGUACUUAAGAAAGUUUAUAGCUACAUGAAUGAUGAGGUCAAGCUUGACUUGUUAAAUAAAGCAUGUGAUUCUGGUUCAGAAGAAUGUGCUUUAUAUCUUCUGUGUGAGGGAGUAAAACUUGACAAGGACACACAGUGGUGGUCAUUGAUUACAAAGGGUAAUGAAAGGUUUGGCAAAGGAGAUGUGGAUAUACUGAAGAAAGUUGUUAAAUACUUGAAUGAUCAGAUAAAACUGUACUUGUUAAAUAAAGCAUGUCGUUCUGGUUCAGAAGAAUGUGCUUUAUAUCUUCUGUGUGAGGGAGUCAAACCUUAUAAGAACGCUCUGUUAUGUGUGGUGGAGGUGGGAAGUGUGAAAUUGUUCCGUGAACUACUUCAGCAUGAUGUCUCUCUAACGGUGAGGGAUAAUGACAAUAACAAUUUCCUACAUGUGGCGUGUCAGUAUAACAGAGAAGAGAUGGUGUCAAUGCUUUGUGAAGAUUAUCCACACUUGGUACAUGACACUAAUCAUGCAGGACAAACCCCACUUAAUUUAGCAGCAGAGGAAGGAAACUGUUCUGUAUUCAAGUUAGUGGAGAGAACUGUACUUAACUCUUUGUGUAGAGUUGAGGAUGAACAACACAAGUGUGAGACAGAAGAUGGUCGUGAGGUCCAUAGGAGUUGUGCGUGUAGUCAGUACAUGUCUCAGUUAGUGGAUAAGUAUGGCUGGGAGAUGGAUAAUUGUGUGGUUAGAAGUAGAUGUCCUAACGGAUCGUCCUAUAAAAGGGCGUGGACAAUAUUACAUGAGAGUUGUGCGAGAGGUAGCAGGGAGCUUUUUGUUUAUUUAUGUGAGAAAUACCCAGCACUGACCACAGCUGUAGAAAGCUACGGGCGGACAGUGUUACAUGUGAGUUGUAUGUUUGGACACAGGGAGAUGUGUGUUUAUCUGUGCGAGUCAGUCCCACAAUUAAUCACAAAGUUAGAUUAUGGCGGCCGUCAUUGUCUACAUUAUAUAGCCAUGUAUACAUCAGAUGUAGAUUUGUUCACCGAGUGUGAAACUCGUGUGAAACAAUACAUGGAGUCAUUAGAAUUGAAGUAUGACAUCAGAACCAUACGGACAAGGAAGGGCCGAUCAGUUUUAGACUUGGCAAAGGAAAUGACAGAGGAGUUGACAAAGAGCAUUAGGCAGGGGGAAGAGCUGUCAUUUAACAACCCUUUGUAUGAUCAUCUUAAAAAAGUUUUUAGUAGCUAAAAACUGAAGUAUGACAUAACAAAAAUACUGGACAGGAAGGGCCGAUCAGUUUUAGAUAUUGUAAAGGAUAAGACAGAGAAAUGGGAAAGAGAGUUUAAUGAGCGGAGAUGUAACAACCCAUUGUAUGAUCAUCUUGAUAAAGUGUUUAGUAAAUAAAAGCGCUAUCAUUUGCCCUGGUAAACACAUAAAUAAUCAAUACAGGCCAUUUAAAACAAUCGUGUACAAAUCCUGAGUGAUAAUGAACUGCCAACAUUCUAACAAGUUAACAUGUUAAAUAUGUACUAACCCAAUGUUAAUACACUUUGAUGCAGUUUCAAAAAAUAAAAAACAAUCUUUAUAUUCAUACUUUAUCACUAUGACAUUUAAACAAAAAUGGGGGAAAAUCGCAUUAUACACUUCGUUGGAACAACGGUCAGCUAAAUAGAACAGCCAAAUUAAUCAGAAAACACUAGGGCCUACUUCGAAUGUCAUUUAUUUACUAUAGACAGGCCAGGCUGUUCCUUCUAAUGUGAUUACAUAAUUAUAAUAAAUAAAUAAUAAUGUAUACAAACAGCAACCAAUCAUUGCCAUGCUUUCAAAGGGUGAUACAUGUGCAAACAAAGUAUAAUUACUGUAGUCGGAACUCUUCUAAGCCAGCGUUAAACCACACACCUCAGAUCUUCACCUGAGGUUACGCGGUCGAUGCUCUAACCAACUGAGCUAUUGCGGUGUUAGUUAACUUACUUACACUGUGUAUAUAGUUCUCUGGUAUGUUGUUAAAAUACCAAUACGAGUUAAAAGUUUUAAUUAACUUCACAUCAGAUUUACUUUCUGUAGUGUUUCAUAUUGAGGUGUUUGAGAAAAAUAAGAUAAAAAAUCAAAUUUCAAAUUAUGAAAUAAGAUAUAUUGCCUGGCAAACAUUGUGGGAUUGUUUUGGAAAUUGUUUUUAUUCUUGAAAAUACUACUAUCUAGUGCCUAAAAUACUACUAUCUAGUGUCUAAAAUGCACAUUAAGAAUAAGGACAAAAAAAAUCUGUCUACUGAGGAUUUAUUUAGGGUGAGGGUGUAUUUGAGGGUAGGUGUGAGGGUGUGGGUGAGGAUUUGUGUGUGAGGGUGGGUAUGAGUGUGUGUUUCAAAGAAAAUAAGAAUAAUUAUAUUACUUUUGUAUAUUUAUUUCAUUUGGACUAAAUUCUUUAUGUAGAUGUAUAGAUGGGACUAGGUCUAUUAUAGAUGUUGGGGAUUUGUUGAUCCUAUGACCUAUAUAUUACACUGUGACUAGGUCCAUUAGAUGUUGGAGAUUUGUUGAUCCUAUGACCUAUAUAUUACACUGUGACUAGGUCCAUUAGAUGUUGGGGAUUUGUUGAUCCUAUGACCUAUAUAUUACACUGUGACUAGGUCCAUUAGAUGUUGGAGAUUUGUUGAUCCUAUGACCUAUUUAUUACAGUGUGACUAGGCCCGUUAGAUAUUUGAGAUUUGUUGAUUCUAUGUAUAUGUCUAUACAUUACAUUGUGACUUGGUCCAUUAGAUGUUGGAGAUUUGUUGAUCCUAUGACCGACAUAAGAUGUUGAAGAUUUGUUGAUCCUAUGACCUAUAUAUUACACUGUGACUAGGUCCAUUAGAUGUCGGAGAUUUGUUGAUCCUAUGACCUGUAUAUUACACUGGACUAGGUCCAUUAGAUGUUGGAGAUUUGUUGAUCCUAUGUAUAAGACUAUAUAUUACACUGUGACUAUAGGUCCAUUAGAUGUUGGGAGAUUUGUUGAUCCUAUGACCUAUAUAUUACACUGUGACUAGGUCCAUUAGAUGUUGGAGAUUUGUUGAUCCUAUGACCUAUAUAUUACAGUGUGACUAGGUCCAUUAGAUAUUUGAGAUUUGUUGAUUCUAUGUAUAUGUCUAUAUAUUACACUGUGACUAGGUCCAUUAGAUGUUGGAGAUUUGUUGAUCUUAUGACCUAUAUAUUACACUGUGACUAGGUCCAUUAGAUGUAAGAGAUUUGUUGAUCCUAUGACCUAUAUAUUACAUUGUGACUAGGUCCAUUAGAUGUAAGAGAUUUGUUGAUUCGAUGACCUAUAUAUUACACUGUGACUAGGCCCAUUAGAUGUUACGAUUGUCUUAUCCUAUGUAUGUAUGCAAGGUUUGUAUACAUAUUACUGUUAUUGUGUUAUAUAUUUCAUUUCAUCUGAUACAGAAUUUUUUUAAUCCUUUACAUCAAUAUGGUUAAAGAUAUACUUGUUAGAAAUUCAGUCUGUAGGCUACUCCAUCCCACAGAAAAUUGUAAUUUAUAGUUUUAGAUUAUUGAAAAAAUAAUAAAAUAAAUUAAGAAAUGC